AUGUCUCACAUAGCUGUGGAGCGAAACAGGAGAAGACAGAUGAAUGAACAUCUUAGGGUUUUACGCUCCUUGACCCCAAGCUUCUACAUUAAGAGGGGAGACCAAGCAUCAAUUAUAGGUGGUGUGAUAGAAUUCAUCAAGGAGUUGCACCAAGUUCUACAGUGCUUGGAGUCGAAGAAACGAAGGAAUAGCCUUAGCCCUAGCCCUGGUCCAAGCCCCAGGCCAUUGCAGCCAAGUCCUCAACCUGAUAGCCCAUUCGGGGUCGAAAGUUUUAAGGAACUUGGAGCAUGCUGCAACUCGCCGGUUGCAGAUGUGGAAGCAAAGCUCUCCGGAUCGAACGUUAUCUUGAGAACUAUAUCCCGGAGAAUUCCAGGUCAAAUUGUGAAGAUAAUCAAUGUUUUGGAGAAACUUUCGUUUGAGAUCCUUCAUCUGAAUAUCAGUAGCAUGGAAGACACUGUUCUGUACUCCUUUGUCAUAAAGAUAGGGCUGGAGUGCAAGAUAAGUAUGGAGGAACUAGCACUUGAAGUCCAACAAAGCUUCUGCUCUGAUACAGUUUUUGUCAAAGAUAUCAUAUGA